UUAGUUAACUGAUAUGAUGUAUGACAUGGAGUUUGGAGAACUGAUGAAAGACUGGAUAGAAGAUUGGUCAGAUGAUGAAAAUUCAGAUCGUGGAGAUAGUUCAGAGAAUGGGAACGCAUUGGAAGAUCUUAAUGAAAACAAUGAGCAUGAUGAUGGUGAGGAAAACAACUCGGAGAUCUCGAAUGAAGAUUACAUUAGUCAGCUCAUUUCCGAAUGUCAUAAUGCGUACGACUAUUACGGUGAAUCCGACGCGGAGACAGGCCUUGAUAUCGAAUCAUUAGCUGCAUCUGAUUCUGGGGAGUCGCAAUCGUCGGUCAUCAUGAGUGAGGUAUGUAUGUAAUCAAUGUUGUAUGGAAGUAAUGUUAUACCAUAGAAAACUGUUUUCAUGGCUAUGUUAUGAUUGUGUAGGUGACAGAAGUUGAGGGUAAAAAGAAUGUCCAAGAUACUGCUAGUGCAGAUGAUAAGAGGGAUAUGUUCAUGCAGAUAAUACAAAUAACUUUUACGUCUCA